UGAAAAGCCGUGACGCCAAAGACGAGGAAAUGAAAGGGCACCGACCACAAGCUCGGCUCCGAGAUGUCGCCGUAAAAAAAAAGGAUAAACGGGUUAAAAUACGUGCUUUAUCUAACUGAAAUAUAACAAGUCCUCAAUACGCCCCCGCGUUGACUCCUCUCCGUCUUUUACCUGCAGCCUCGUCCUCCGUGCUUGUGAUUGGUGCUGUGUUUUGGUCAGGCGAUGGUGCGGCCUCUGAGGGCGGUGCUCCGCAUGGUGUCCAGGGAAGGAGCCGCCGUGCUCAAGUCAAACCUACCUGCCCCCAGCAGAGCGUUUAAACCGAGGAUCAGACCUGGACCCGUCGCUACCUGCAGCAUCAGAGCCAUAUCUAGUGAGGUGAGACACCUGCAGUGUGCAGCCAGAAUGCCUGAGAUCACCACCGACCACCUGGACGAGAAGCAGGUGCAGCUGCUGGCCGAGAUGUGCAUCCUCAUUGACGAGAACGACCGCAGGAUCGGAGCGGACACCAAGAAGAACUGCCACCUCAACUCCAACAUAGACAAAGGUUUACUGCACAGAGCGUUCAGCGUCUUCAUUUUCAACAGCGAAGAGAAGCUGCUCUUACAGCAGAGAUCCGACGCCAAAAUCACCUUUCCAGGCUGUUUCACAAACACGUGCUGCAGUCAUCCUUUACACACGGACAGCGAGCUGGAGGAGAAGGACGCGUCCGGGGUGAGGAGAGCCGCUCAGAGGAGGCUCAAAGCAGAACUGGGUAUCCCCAUGGAACAGGUGACUCCAGAGGAAAUGACGUAUCUGACGAGAAUCCACUACAAGGCUCAGUCAGACGGCGUCUGGGGAGAACACGAGAUCGACUACAUCCUCUUCAUGCAGAAGGAUGUGGACUUGAGUCCAGACCCCAACGAGAUCAAAACCCACUGCUACGUGAGCAAAGAGGAGCUGAAGGAGAUGCUGGAGAAGGCCAAGCGUAAGGAACUGGAGAUCACGCCGUGGUUCAGGCUCAUCGCUGAGACCUUCCUCUUCAAGUGGUGGGACAACCUGCACAACCUCAAGCAGUUCAUGGACCACGACAACAUCCACCGCAUGUAACCGCAACCAGGCGGUCCAGGCUCGAUGUCCAGUCACUGCAGGAUUUUGAUUGUUAACAGCAUAGCGAGCUCGGCCUCCUGAAGAUAAGCAUCUAUGUAAAACUAGACGGUUUCUCUGGCUACAUUUCUCCAGGUAGUUGUAAGUUUAGGACUUCAGUGCUAAUGACAGAGAAUGUUUUAUGAGACAUGAGGUGGUUUGUAGAACUGCAUUCAUCGUCACACUUCGUCUUCCUUGUAGGCGUGUCCGAUAAGCUCAACCAUUCACUUGAAGAAUGAACAGAAAAUGCUGAACAUUUAAACUUACAGUAUUAGGUAUAAAAAUGGAGUCUACUAAACCUAUUUUUAUAUAAAAACUGAAAAGUGCCUGACAACAGGUCCGUUAGCUGAGGUGCGUUCAAGUCACAGCAACCACUGUCAUUCUGUAAACCCUGUGCAAACUUUAUCUUUGUAUUGUUUUACACAAUAAAGUGUGUGAUCGUG